AUGUCGCGUGUUUUGAUUGCAACAGGAGCCCUGACGGCACUGAGCUUCUGUGGCUGCGGCCUAGGCCUCGGCUCGCGGCUAGGCGCUCUGGUAGGCUGUUCGCCAGCACCCUCGGAGAGAAGAAAGAGGGGUGGAACGCAGGAUGUAGACCGGGAGGAAACAGAGUUGACGAGCGGCAAGCCAGACAGUCUGCCAAAGUCGCUCGUACAAACGUUUGGAGCAGCGGGUGUUGCCGUGGCGCUCUUCAAAGGCGGUGAUAUGAUCGAGACAGGCGCUCGAACGUCUUGGUCUCUUGGCGCAGACAACAUGCCUCGAAACUUGGUUGAUCUAUCAACUGUGAUGAAGUUUCUCGCAGGCAUUACAUUGGGGUGGCAGGCGGCUCGUCUGGUAAAAGGCUUUUUCCGGUCGGGUGAGAGCACCGACCCUUCCGUCUUGCAGCAAGACGAUGAGCUCGUCUAUGAGACGCUCAUACGGGAACAAGGCGGAAUAACACCUGCAGACGACCCUCUGGUGAAGUCAACAACUGCGGGGCUUACUCUUGUACUCCUGGGCGGCGGGAUGGUCGGUGCGCUAUAUAGCCGCAUUCCGGAAAGCAGUUUCGACGAUGUUUUGUGGAACACAAGAAUGAAUGUAGCAGCAUCGUUAAUGGGGGGCGCUGGCCUGGGUGUCGUCUUGCGGACAGGGGGGGAGCUGCUGUCGUAA